UGCGGGCCCGGAGCCUCGGGAGCCGGCGCCGGGGUACGCACCCCGAGGGCUCCCGCCGCGGGGUCCACGUGGACCCUGGGCCGCGGCGGGACUGGAGCCCGCCCCCCGCGCGUGGGGGAGGGGGCGCUGCAACCGGGUUCCCCUUUUUCUGCAGCGCAAAGCCUGGGGAAGUGAUUGCUCAAAGGGGGGGCCCGGAAGAACCCAGGUUUCCGCGUCUCCCGCCCCCCCUCCCCCUGGUGGGGAGGGGCCGAGGCAGGACACCCGGCCCGCCCCCGCCCCCACCCCAUUGGAUCUGGCAGCGGCUCAGCCCCGCGAGUCGCAGGGGAAGCGCUGCGCCCCCGACCCCAGCCGAUCGAGGGCUCCCGGCGCCGGCCUGCCUCCAGAACGUCGCAGGAGUUCCUCCUGCCGUCUGACUUGAGUCGGUGCUGCUGCAGUGCACGCCCCUUCGGCAGCCAGGGUGGGGCCCAGAACGAACCUGGCCCCUUCCGCCCCCACCUGCCUUUGGGUCGCUGACUCCCAGGCUGUGGUGAGGGUCCCGGAGCCAGCACCACAGAGCCCGGGUGACCUGGUCCACCCACCCAUGCCCACCCCGCAUGAGGCUGAGAAGCAGCUCACAGGGCCAGAGGAGGCAGACCAGCCCCCCUCAAUGUCCAGUCAUGAUGUGGCCCCCCCGGCUGCCGCCAGCCGCAGCCCCUGCUGCCUGUGCUGGUGCUGCUGCUGCAGCUGCUCCUGGAAUGAGGAGCGGCGGCGAGCGUGGCGUGCCUCCCGGGAGAGCAAGCUGCGGCCCCUCCCCAGCUGUGAGGCGUGCGCGACGCCAAGCCCCGAGGAGGUGCGGAGCUGGGCGCAGUCCUUCGACAAGCUGAUGCACAGCGCGGCAGGCCGCAGUGUGUUUCGGGAGUUCUUGCGCACAGAGUACAGUGAGGAGAACAUGCUCUUCUGGCUGGCCUGUGAGGAGCUCAAGGCUGAGGCCAACCAGCACGUGGUGGACGAGAAGGCGCGGCUCAUCUACGAGGACUACGUGUCCAUCCUGUCCCCCAAGGAGGUGAGCCUGGACUCCCGGGUACGGGAGGGCAUCAACAAGAAGAUGCAGGAGCCAUCUGCACACACAUUCGACGACGCGCAGCUGCAGAUUUACACACUCAUGCACCGGGACUCCUACCCCCGCUUCCUCAGCUCCCCCACCUACCGCACCCUGCUGCUCCGGGGGGGCUCCCAGUCCUCCAACGAGGCCUAGGCCGCACUGAGGCAGCACAGACACACGACCCCUCCCGUGGGCAGAGACUCAGAUUGCCUUCGCAAGUGUGUGUGCCCA